UCAACUGUACCAACAAUACAGUAGUUAUUACAGUUGCUUCAGUCUCCGGCAAUGAGCACCCGCUCCGCUUUCACGAUGCAGUCAAACACAGAUCGGCCCGCGGGUCCUGCCCAUGCCAUCGCCCUUGACCCUUAGCUUGACCCUUGUCGACUCGUUAGCCUCCUAUUUCCACUCUCUCUUUUCCUCUCUCAGAGUCUCCCCACGGUCUCGCUCUCUUUCUUUUCUUUUCUUUUCUAUUCUUUCUUUGCCGGCCGGUCAUGCACUUCUCGUAAUAAUCUAUGAAUUAUUAAGUAGGGCCGCAUCUGCAUUGGAUGCCAAUAAUAAUCGGGUGCGGGCCUCUAUUGUCGAAUUCUAUUCAUCUUUUCUCGCCAUGCCCACAAGCACCGAGUAGCCCGUAGAUAUAUCCAAGACAGGCCCGAGUCAACCAACCCUUUGAUUCCCUGCCUCACCUUACCCACCCCGCCUUGGAUGGCUUCAAUGGUGGAUA